UUUCUAAUCUCCGCGACUUCAUCUCAGCCACACGAGUCCUGGAAUUGUUUUACUUCUUCACCCCUAUAUCGCGAGAUUUGAGAAAGCACCUCCCAUUCUUCUGACGGUUCGGACGCGUCGCUAUAGAGGCACCUACAAAGAAGAUGGCUGGGCGUCUAUGGGCUACGGCUGGGUCUUGGGCGAGUGCGGGGCCCUUCCGGAACCAGAGGGACCCCUCAGCGACCGCUGUACUUUCGCGAAAUGUAACCGCAACCCAGACUGGCGCCAUUUUGCCUAAGCCCGUCAAAAUGCCUUUUGGUCUCCUCCGUGUGUUUGCCAUUGUAAUUCCCUUCCUCUAUGUUGGAACACAAAUCAGCAAGAACUUUGCAGCCUUGCUUGAGGAACAUGAUAUCUUUGUACCAGAGGAUGACGACGACGAUGAUUAAUAGGAUUACAAUUGAAGAAAACAAGGGAGAAAGCCAUAGACAAAUUAUUCUGAUGUCAAUGUAGUCAUGGCCUCCUCUUUUCAUUUUGUAAAGAAGGCAUUUUGUGAGAAUUGGCCCUUCACCUUACCAGUGAAUGCACGGUACAUGUCUAAAUGAGGAUUACCCAUAUACAUAGGCAGGAUAUAUGCUUGUUGGUCCAGCAACCAUUGUAGAUUGCACCUUACAUCUUGUGAAAAAGUGUUUAAUGAGUGAAAAGAAAUUUAGAUUGCAAAUAAAGAAUGACAGACUUGUGUCUCCUUUAAA